CCAUUCAUAUAAUUCAAUCAAACUCCACUCGGCUAAAAAUCACGCUUGCUUUUAUGCAGACUGAGUGUGACACACAAAGAAGUUGAUAAAGAUUGUGUGUUUUUGGUAGUUUCUCUAUGUCUCGGUCACGUAUAGGUAACGCUUAUAUCUUCACUGUUAGAAGAUUACAAGCAAAUCGUUCUUGCCCAUCAGGUGUUUGUAAAAAUGCCCGAUCCAAAUUUUAGGGGAAAAAUAUGGAAGUAUUCAGACAAUUUGUUCAAAGUUUCCGACUUCUGUCUGGUUCUGGAGUCGAUCACAGAGUUCUUUCGGAUGUUGUCAAAGCUUGCGCUUCGGUUUCCGAGCUCAGGUCAGGGAGGGCUCUGCACGGUUGCGUGGCAAAGCUUGGUCAUUUAUCAUGCAACGAGGUUUCAAAGUCGGUUCUCAACCUGUAUGCGAAAUGCAGGAGAAUGGAUGAUUGCAAGAAGAUGUUCAGGCAAAUGAACAGUGCUGAUCCUGUUGUUUGGAACAUUGUUCUCACUGGACUUUCGCAUUCUUGUUGUGCUGAAGAGACGAUGAGGUUCUUCAAAGGAAUGGUCUUUGAAGACGAGCCUAAGCCUAGCUCCGUUACCUUUGCGAUUGUUCUUCCUGCCUGUGUUCGCCUUGGGAAGGGUGCAUACAACGGGAAGGUGUUGCAUUCUUAUAUUAUCAAGAUUGGUUUGGAGAAAGAUACGCUUGUUGGGAAUGCUCUUGUUUCCAUGUAUGCAAAAUGUGGGUUUGUUCUCCCUGAUGCGUGUACUGCGUUUGAUAGUAUAGCUGACAAAGAUGUUGUCUCAUGGAAUGCGUUUAUUGCUGGGUUUUCUGAGAAUAGUAUGAAGGAAGAUGCGCUUAGGUUGUUUUCUACGAUGCUGAAGGAGCCUGUAGAGCCGAACUAUGCAACGAUUGCGAAUAUUCUGCCGGUUUGUGCUUCUAUGGACAAGAGCAUUGCGUAUGGAAGUGGUAGGCAGAUUCAUGGUUAUGUUGUGCAGAGGCCUUGGUUGCAGACUCAUGUUAAUGUAUGCAAUUCUCUUGUGAGUUUUUAUUUGAGAGUCGGAAGGAUAAGAGAAGCAGCGUCAUUGUUUACCAUGAUGGGUUCCAAAGAUUUGGUUUCAUGGAACGUUGUCAUAGCCGGUUAUGCAUCAAAUUGUGAGUGGUCUAAAGCCUUGGAGUUAUUUCAAAAACUGGUGCAUAAGGGGGACGUUUCUCCUGAUUCGGUAACUAUUGUUAGCAUCCUCCCUGUCUGUGCGCAGUUAACUAACUUGACCGUUGGCAAAGAGAUCCACAGUUAUGUUUUGCGCCAUGCUUAUCUCUUGGAGGAUACAUCAGUUGGGAAUGCUCUCGUUAGUUUCUAUGCAAGAUUUGGUGACACGAGUGCAGCAUAUUGGGCCUUUUCACUGAUAUCCCAGAAGGAUAUAAUAUCUUGGAAUGCUAUACUUGAUUCCUAUGCAGACAGUUCAAAACAUUCUCAGUUUAUGAACCUCUUGCACUACUUAUUUGAUGAAGCAAUGAUUCCUGACUCUGUUACUAUUUUAAGCAUAGUCAAAUUCUGCACAAAUUUACUGGGACUUGGUCAAGUAAAAGAAGUUCAUGGGUACUCAGUUAAGGCCGGUCUUUUACAAGAUGAAGAAGAACCCAUGCUUGGCAAUGCAUUGCUUGAUGCAUAUUCCAAAUGUGGUAACGUAGAAUACGCUCAAAGGAUUUUUCAGGGUUUAUCAAAGAAAAGAACUUUGGUUACAUAUAACUCAAUGUUAUCAGGAUACGUUAACAGUGGAAGUCAGGAUGAUGCUCAGCUUCUGUUCAGCGAGAUGUCUACUACUGAUCUCACCACUUGGAGUUUGAUGGUUCGUAUCUACGCUGAAAGUUGCUGUCCUAGUGAAGCCAUUGAUGUUUUCCGGGAGAUACAAGCUCGAAGAAUGAGGCCUAACACCGUGACUAUCAUGAAUCUCCUUCCCGUUUGUGCGCAGAUAGCCUCUCUGCAUCUAGUGAGACAAUGCCAUGGAUAUAUUAUCAGAGGCGGACUUGGUGAUAUCCGCCUGAAGGGGACUCUAUUAGAUGUAUAUGCAAAAUGUGGCAGCUUGAAGAAUGCGUAUUCUGUUUUCCAGUUAGAAGCUCAUAGAGAUCUGGUUAUGUUCACAUCUAUGAUAGCUGGGUGUGCUGUGCAUGGUAUGGGUAAGGAAGCACUUAUGAUCUACUCUCAUAUGAUGGACUUGGGCAUUAAGCCCGAUCAUGUUUUCAUAACUACUCUGUUGACUGCAUGCUGCCAUGCUGGCUUGAUACAGGAUGGAUUGCAAAUAUUCAACUCAGUAAGGACGGUUUAUGGUAUGAAACCUACAAUGGAACAGUAUGCUUCUGUUGUAGAUCUACUUGCUCGAGGUGGUCGACUUGAUGAUGCAUAUUCUUUCGUCACAGAGAUGCCAGUUGCACCUAGUGAAAAUAUAUGGGGAACACUGUUAAGGGCGUGUAUAACAUAUAAUAGGAUGGAUCUGGGGCACUCAGUUGCAAAUCAUCUUUUGGAAGCUGAAUCUGAAGAUAUUGGGAACUAUGUUCUGAUCUCGAACAUGUAUGCAGCAGAUGGUAAAUGGGAAGGCGUGAAGGAGUUGAGGAAGCUAAUGAAGAAAAAGGAAAUGAAAAAGCCAGCAGGGUGUAGCUGGCUGGAUGUGGAUGGGAGAAUGAAUGCCUUUAUGUCCGGAGAUUCUUCUCACCCUCGGAGAAACAGUAUGUUCGACGUACUAAAUGCUUUAUUUCUUCAGAUGAAAGAGCCUGUGGCGUUUUAACCGAUGAAAAUUGUGAACCGCUGCAAAGUUAGAUCACAAUGGUCUACUACAGAAAAAAACAGUGCAGAAACGUUACAGAGACAAAUUUUGAU